CAACGACCCAGGCCUGGUCAGGCACGGGAGGCCUCUUCCACCAGAACCACCAUCAGCUCCCCAUGUGCAUGUCGCUGCAUGCUCGCUGCCUUGACGACCUCAGCAUGCUCGGCGCGAGCCCGCAUAUAACCACCAGCAGGCAGGACGCGCUCCUCACAGUUCGUCUUUCGCCCGACUGACCGGUUCAGGCCCACGCUCUUUCCCUCCUUCCUCCAGUCUUCCCCCGGUUGUGUUCCUCGCCGUCUGUGACGCGACCGUUCUGCUCAGUUGCACCAUCCCGCUCUCUGACACUCGCAUACCGUGCAUAUCUGAUCAGACAAGAUGCUCGCGCUGCUCUACUCGUUCGUCCUCCUCACCGCGAGCGCGUUCGCGCUCCCGAUGUUCCACUGGCCGCGGACAGAAACCGUCAGCAACGUCGUCUGCACGGACCCCAACGUGACGCUCGACUCGCACGAGACCAACGUCGCGCUCCUCCAGAUCUGCGGUGGCAUCGCGGGCUCGAUCGAGUCCUGCCAGGGCAACCCGACGACGACGACGGGCACGUCCGGCGGCUCCGAGUUCACCAUCACGCCCGUCAACUCGGGCGACACCAUCAACAUCUCCAAGGGCCGCUGGGAGCAGGGCAUCAAGGCCGUCGCCGCGACGUGCGGCGCGGACAAGCCGUUCACCGCGACGUUCACCGGUGGCGCGACGACGGGCGAUGUGAAUGUGGUGCUGCAGCAGGCGAGCGCGAAGUAGGUGGGGCACGGGAGGGGUAGAGAUACUGGAGGUGUUUGCUGUGUGUAGGGUGUUUCAACAUGGGUUCUUCUCGGGCUA